AUAUUAAUUUCAUCCGAAUCAAAAGUGGCUGUUUGAUGUUUUUUUUUGGGAGUAGCGCUGAAAGAAAAGAGUGACGGGCGUCAAUGUGGACGCGUUAAAACCCGGUUGUGAUUAGUUGGAGAUUUUCAUUACUUACCGAGGAUGCCUCUGCCAAAGCGAUCUAUUGAGCCCGUUCAUGUGGCACGAUCCGUGUACCAACAAGAUGAGCUGCAGUCGGUAGAGCUGGAGACGGUAACAAACACCACACUCACGAAUAUCAUACGGCAGCUGUCAUCGCUGUCGAAGCACGCCGAAGAUGUUUUUGGCGAACUGGCCCGAGAUGUGGGAAGUAUUGGCGAUCGUGCGAAUUCUCUCCAGGCACGCAUCGAUCGGCUGGCAAUUAAGGUUACCCAGCUGGACAGCACCGUGGAAGAGGUGCCACUCACCGAUAUUACAAGGAAGAAGGCCUUCAAGUCGGCAAAGAUAUUUGAUCAGCAAAUCUUCUCACGAGCUACAAUGCCUGCCCCAAUGCUGGAGACAUACGCCCAGUGCGACAAGCCACCACCGCUGGACAAGCUGAACGUCUAUCGAGACGAUGGAAAGGAUGGCCUCAAAUUCUACACUGAUCCGAACUAUUUCUUUGAGCUAUGGCGACAGGAAAUGCUGAAGGACACGGAGCGCGUCAUGCACGAUAAAGGGAAGAAACUUAACCGGCCACGACCAGACGGUGGCAGCGGCGGGGCCGCCGGUCGUGGCAAUAAAAAACAAAAGACAAAAAUUAGAGCACCGCAUAAUACUCGGGAGAAGCAGCGACAGCUCGUCCUGGGCCACGGCGAGACGUUGAUGCCCAACAACGUUAUUUAUCGCACUCCAAAUUCAAUGGUCAACGAGGAAGCCGGAUAUGGAACUCAGCUAGUCAAAAUAAUAACCACAGCGCAAGGCGCCGACAUCGAUGUGCGGCACCAGGUAGUGUCGCAUUUGCCCGAUAUCGAUAGGGAUAAUGUCCAAGACGUAGAUAUGGGUGUUUAUGACACGCGCCCACCGCGUCCAAACUCCAUUGAACUAAGACGCAGCUACCCAUCUGAGCACGUCGAUGGUAGCGGCUACGAUCAGCAUACCCCACAAGCGGCUGCCAAUCAAUACUCAACUUACGGCGGGAAUGGCUUGUCGGCCGCACCUCACAUGCAUAUGCAGCAUCAGCAACUAUACGAUUCCGGGCUUUAUCAGUCGCAUGCGUUAUACGGUCAAAGUGGACAGGGUGUUAUGUCCCCAGAACCAAUAUACGGGCCGGGAACGCCAUCUCGCAAUAAACCCCGACCUUCGCAGCCACCACCGGCACCACCUUCGAAUGGCAGUGGAGGCGGCACACCUACUGCCUCAAACGCAAAUACUCCGACGCGAGGUCGAAGUAUGUCGACAAGUCGUGACGCGUUGCCACCGCCGCCGCCAGUUCCAGAUGCAGUUUCACCAUUGUCAUCAAUGAACGGCGCCAACAAUAGCCAUAUGUCUGUUAAACUACUGGGGCGCACAAACAGUGCAUCGCGAGCUGGAUCUCCGCAGAUGGCUCCCAGCAACAGCGCCCAUAAUGCAAAUGACCUUGUUAUGGCGCAACUAAGUAAUACAUUUAACAGCAUUGGCAUGACAGGAAACCAACUGAACUCUCUUAGCGACUUACCUCCGCCACCACCAGUGCCCGAUCAGCACCUACCCAAACUGUCUUCACCAAAUACGGCACCACCACCGCCGCCACCACCACCACCUGUAGAUGAAGGCUUAGGCAGUCUCCAUACAAUGCGUCCACACCAAGUUCUACCCAAAACGCCUGCCAAUGGCGAAAUGCAGCAAGGGCUAAAUGGUGGGUCGCACAUUGUGAGUGCCAAAAAGUUACUGCCUCCAUUCCACGAUCCCCGCAACGAUUUAAUGAAAGCUAUUCGAGAUGGCAUCACUCUGCGUAAGGUGGAAAAGUCCGAGCAGAAGGAGAUCGAACGCAACACAGCACCACUUGAUGUGGCAUCGAUCUUGGCAAGACGUGUGGCGAUUGAGUUGUCCGAGUCUGAAGAUUCGGAUAGUGAAGACGACAGCGAAGGUUGGAUGGAGCCCAACGAAACAUCGGCUUGAUCCCUGAUAAAUUCAUUAAAUCCGGUCGUAAUAUUAAAGAAUAAGAAGAAGAAGUAAUUCCAAAGAGAAUUAAUCCAUACGUUGGUAUUUAGCAAGCGUAUUCUGCAAUUGGAUUACUUAGAAGCACCAAAGCUUUUCAACCACUCUUAUAUCAAAUAUUCCUAUUUCUACAUUACUAUAUACAUAUAUUUAUAAUCGAAAGCUAAUAGAUUGUAUAUACAAACAAGUAAUUAUAUUAUCGUUAAAUUUACCGAUAUAGCACUAAACAUUAGGCAUUUACGAGUAUGUAAAACUCGAUCGGGUGCGAAAUACGCUCCUGAAUAUUACGAUGUGUCUAAAUAAUUAUUGUCUUUUGUAUUAUAGAACUUGGUGUUUGGAUAAUAAUUUAUAAAUAAUCGAUAUUAACACUAAACUCAAUCCUAUCCCUACCCGAAAAUCUGAAUAUCCGAAAAAAAGAAUUUUAAU